ACUUCUUCCCCAUCCCCUCUUAUAAAAAACCCAGUCUUUGUUAAUCUAAAUUAUCCAUCCAUCCAUCCAUCCAUCCAUCCAGGUUCAAUUUUGUCAUUCUGCAUCCACUCUUGAGAAAUCUAAGGGUCCUUGUGUCAACAAACAGGCAAAGAAACAUGAAGAGCAUCUCACUCCUUGCCUUGCUGCUCCUCGUCCUCUCCCCGGUUAUGGCUGAUCCUGACAUGCUCCAGGACAUAUGCGUCGCCGAUCUUAAUUCCACGGUCAAGGUCAAUGGUUUUGUAUGCAAGGCCGACGCAGCUGUGAGCGCGAAUGACUUCUUCUUCGCCGGGCUGGCCAAGCCGGGAGCCACCAAUAACACAAUGGGUUCGCUGGUGACUGGCGCUAACGUGGAGAAGAUCCCGGGCCUCAACACGCUCGGCGUCUCACUGUCUCGCAUUGACUAUGCUCCCGGUGGCCUCAACCCACCCCACACACACCCCCGUGCCACUGAGAUGGUCUUCGUCCUCUAUGGCACCCUUGACGUUGGUUUCAUCACCACUGCCAACAAGCUCUUCUCCAAGACCAUCACCACAGGUGAUAUCUUUGUUUUCCCAAAGGGCCUCGUUCACUUCCAGAAGAACAACGCUGACGUUCCGGCCGCCGUGAUCUCCGCAUUCAACAGCCAGCUCCCUGGGACUCAAUCCAUCGCUGCCACACUCUUUGCUUCAAACCCGACCGUGCCUGACAACGUGCUGACCAAGGCCUUCCAGAUCGGAACGAAGGAGGUGGAGAAGAUCAAGGCCAAGCUUGCUCCCAAGAAAUGAGUGCUGAUAUAUCAUACUUUGCAAUUUUAAAUUUAUCAUUUAAUCUUUGUAUGUUGUGUUGUGUGGCCUUUCUAAUUUUCAUAGGGUGAUGACAGACGAUGUGUAAUAAUUAUCACGAUUCUUCUUGUGAUCAAUCAAUCUCACAUAAUGCUUCUUCUUUUUGA